UUAUUCUCCUUUCUAGUCCGCCUUCCCCCUCCCCUCUCUCUCCUCCCUCUCUCUCCUCCCCAUCCCCCCAAUCUCUCCCUCCGCCGUCUCUCCCUCUCUCUCUAUCUCUCUAGCUCUCUCACUCCUCAACCUCCACCCCCCACCGUAAAUCCCAUACCCACAUCCAUCGCCAAUCUCCGAUAGAUCUAUCACCGUCCAUUCGAUUUGGUUUGGAUUGUCUUUGAGGUAUAUAUACACAGCUAAUCGGGACAAAAAUGGCCACUUCCUCGACCAGCGGCGUCUACGUCCACGUCAUCGAAGACGUCAUCAAUAAGGUCCGAGAGGAGUUCCUCAACAACGGCGGACCCGGCGAGUCCGUUCUCAACGAACUUCAAGGAAUAUGGGAAUUGAAGAUGAUGCAAGCUGGUGCUAUACUGGGACCGAUAGAGAGGUCGUUACAGAGGCCAACACCGGGAGGUCCUAUCACCCCUGUACAUGAUCUUAAUGUGCCCUAUGAAGGGACUGAGGAGUAUGAAACUCCCACAGCUGAGAUACUAUUUCCUCCAACACCUUUAGAAACUCCAAUGCGAACGCCUCUACCAGGAACUGCGCAAACGCCUCUCCCUGGAACUGCUCAAACGCCUCUACCGGGAACUGCAGAUAGCUCAAUGUACAACAUGUCUACGGCUGGCACCCCCAUCUCCCCCGGGGACUAUCCUUCUUUAAUUGAUUCUGGUGUACCUGAGAUGAAACCUGGGAGGCCUAGCCCAUACAUGCAACCACCCUCUGCUUGGAUGAAUCAAAGGCCCCCUCUUGAUGUUAAUGUUGCUUAUGUGGAAGGGCGGGAAGAGCUGGACAGGGGAACACCUCAUCAACCCACUAUGCAGGAUUUCUUCAUGAUGUCUUCUGGGAAGCGGAAACGCGAUGAAUUGGCUUCACAAUAUCGUGGUGGCAGUGGAUAUAUACCACAGCAGGAUGGAGCUGGAGAUGCCAUGUCAGAUGAUUUUCAGGGAAGCCAAGGGGGCAGUACUGGACAUGACAUUGUCGCUGCUGGGAACCAAUGGGUGUGGUCAUCUUCGAGGAUUUCUCAAUUGGAUGGGCCAAUUCCUGAUCCUUAUGAUGAUGUGCUUUCUACACCUAAUAUAUACAAUUAUCAAGGAGUUGUCAAUGAAGACUACAAUAUAGUGAACACACCAGCUCCAUAUGAUCAAGUAGCUACGCCUGCUGUCAUCUCUCAGAAUGAUAUUGGAGAUGACGAUGACGACGACGAACCCUUGAAUGAAAAUGAUGAUGAUGACUAUGAUGAUGUGGACCAGGGAGAGGAGCUAAACACGCAGCAUUUAGUUUUGGCUCAGUUUGACAAGGUUACCCGGACCAAGAGCAGGUGGAAAUGCACUCUGAAGGAUGGCAUUAUGCACAUAAACAACAAAGACAUUCUCUUUAAUAAGGCAACUGGAGAGUUUGAUUUCUGAUUUUGUAAGGAAAAAAUCUCAGUUGCUGUCGGAGAGCAAAUCUGGAGUUCCACCGGGUGUUUUGUUCUUUUACUUUUCGUUUUUGUAUCUUUUACCAUUAUUACUUAAGUGAGAUUGCAAGAAGAGAAUGAAAUGACCGGAGAGUUCGAGAGAGGAUCCGUGGUUGGCCAGUUGUACAUAAAGGGUGUGCCUUUUUUGGCACUAAAUGGAUCUCUACUAAGGGAGUUCUGGAACUUGAUUAUCUCUGAUGGAAUGUGUUUUUCCAUUUACUUGAAUACUUGGGGAAUUUUUCGUUAAUUUAUGAUGAAUUAUGUUGUUUUUAUA